AUGCCAAAACACGCUCUUGACUCUCGUCUCGAAUCCCCAAAGACUAAGAAGAAAAAAAGCGAUCCAGACGGUUCGACCAAAGAAUCUGGCUCAAAUAAAAUGGAGAAGCCAAAAAGGUCGGUUCGAGAGAAGCUUCUCGCAGGCAUCGCUAUUGGCCUCACGAAAGCUCAGAAUCAGCAGCAAGCAGCUCAAGAUAGCCAAAGCGUUUAUGAAGUGGCUACUUUACAAGACUCUCUGGACAAAGAAUUCCAUGUGAAUCCACGUAUUCUCCAGAACCUAAAUUCUCCAUCGCAGUCCCAGACUGUGAUGAUUCCAAAAGAAGAAGAUGAUGAAGAUGAGUAUCAGAAACGUCAUCCGAGUGGAGAGAGUGACAUUAUCUCAGACCAUUUUUGUCGCAGAAUCGACCAAAGACGAAAUACAAGUCGAAGAUUGCAGGCGGUCUUGGGGCUCAAAAACGACACUCCCUUCGUGCCUCCCGGCGUGUCUCAGUCUUUAGCACAAAAUGGUCCGGGAGAAGAAUUACGCCUCUUCCUUCAGUCUGCUUGUCGCACAUAUGGCUAUAGAAAACUUGAACUGGACCUCCUUUCAUUUUGGCAUAUCAAGGUUUGCUACGAUUUGCAGGGCGAACUCCUUGAUUCUGAGCCUGUGCUCCCUGCUGGGGAGAGCGAGUCCCGCGCGAGUCUUGGCACAAAAGAAGGAAGCCUUGCAAUCUAUGAAUCUGACGUACCAUUGAAGAGUAACGAGCAGUCGAGGCAUUUUAUUCCACCAGAUAUGUCUGAGGAUCAAGAAGCCUGGAACAUCAUUGCGAUCCCAAAAUCACAAGUCAAGGUGGUUGAGAACCCUGGUUCCCAAAGUGAUGUUUCCAGCGAAACGACAAACGGCGAGGACAACGUUGAGGACACAGAGCUAGCUGAACCGAAGAAGAUAUCAGUAGCCAUACGGUAUAGCCGUGAUGGAGUGCCAAGUAUGUUAUGUUCGGACGAGAAGGGCGUGACUCUUUGGGCGUGGUCUGAUUUCCGUUCGGAUCUCUGCGAACAGCAGUGGGAUGAUAUACAAGGAGAUAUGGCGACCAACUCGUGCCUCAUUUAUGCAUCUUCGAAGCCGGGGGCUGGAUGGGUGACUGUCCCUCCUGAACAGCCUGAGCAGCCUAAACGAUCAAGUGGUGGCAGCGUCCGGUCGCCUUCGAAACUGAAGCAAGAAGUGCUUUUGGAGGAUUGA